UCUUCCCUCUCUGUCCCUCUCAAUGGCGAUGUGUAAUUUUAAUAUGAGAUGGGCUUGUGAGCUGCUCAUUAUCUCUGCCUUCUGUGUCGGUCAGUGGGAAGUGAAUAUUAAAAUUCCACAUUUCCUUGUGAACGGGACCGUGGGACACUCAGUCUGGUUACUUGUGGAAAUCGACCCGAUCCCACAGCGUGCAGAAAUCACCUGGAAAUUCAGUGUAGAAUCUCUCCAGGUACCCAUCGCUCGAUUUGAUGUCAGUGAGAAUAAAUCAAAGAUAUUUCCACAAACUGAGUUUGAAGGAAGAACGACACUGCACCACAACCACACCCUCCAGAUAGACAACCUGCGGGUCAGUGACGGAGGGACUUACACAGUUACUGUAACAGCAAGACAAGAUUAUACAGAAGAGAUUUCUCUCCAGGUUUAUGAGCCUGUGUCUGUGCCCACCAUGGAGCUGAUAGAGAACGUCUCAGCUGAGAGGUGUAAUGUGACUCUGCGGUGCUCUGUGGGCAGUGGAAGUCACAUUCACUAUACCUGGACGUGGCUGGGGUCCAAUGUGAAUGAUGGGCCGAUGGAGCAGGUCUCUGGGAACCCAGGGGAGCUGGAAGUGUCAGUGGGACGGUCUCAGUCCAUCCACUAUCGCUGUACAGUGUGGAACCCUGUCAGUGAGGAGAGCGCUGAGUUCAGGAUAGAGACACCCUGCACAAAAUCACAGGAAGCUCUGUCUGGUUGGACGAAGCACGCAACGUGGGUCUCUGUGCUGCGGAACUGUCUGGGUGGGACUGUUCUGCUGGUCCUCAUGGUCCUGCUGGCUUCCGCCGAAUACUGUCCAAUCUACAGAGGCCUCAGGCCCGGGACCACGACGGGAGCCCCCUCCCACACCCCUCACAACCUCCCGAGCAAAACGUAACUCCCUGCCCCUGAGCCUCCUUUCACUCUCUUCAAGCCUUCACCAUUCCCUCCAUCGCACCGAUACCCAUUGAUGCUGGGUCAUCGUUGGCACAGCAGGAUCCCACAUUUACACAGCAGGAUCCCACAUUGGCGCAGCCAGAUACCUCAUUGGCACAACAGGAUCCCACGUUGGCACAGCAGGAUCCCACAUCGGCACAGCAGGAUUCCACAUUUACAUGGCGAGACCCCACAUUGGCGCAGCAGGAUCCCACAUUGGCGCAGCAGGUCUCCACAUUGGCACCCGCCGAGGCCCACCAGCCUUUGCUGGAUCCCAGUGCCGGGAGCCACCGACCUCUUUGCCUGUGUGCCUCGGCUCAUUUCUCCAGCACAAGGCACUGGUCACUCACAUCGCAGGGGGGCUCCCGCACCCCCCUCCUUCAGCCUGACACCAGGCCGAACGUCCUCCCUCUUGUCCCUCCGGGCACACCCAGGGCAUUAGCCUGAAGCACCCCUGUCCACAGCCCAACCAAAUGUUAGGAUCACUAUUCCCUAAAUAUCUCUUUCGCCACAUCUGACAAGCUGAGCCCACCUCAUUUCCAAGGAGAGGAACUGGGCGGGGAGGGGGGAGCGUAGAAACCAUUCCAAUAUCAAAUUAAAAUAUAAACAAGGAAAUAAAUUGCAAAAACUUU